CCUUUUUUUUUCCCUAACAUCAAAUUUUUGAAAGAAAACUAGUAUUGUUUGAGUCUGAGCUAAAGCUUAAACCAUAAAACCUGUUAACCAAACACUUAAAAUGAACCUCUUUGCACACUCUCAAGCUGUUGUCUUUAGUUCGAGUAAUAACCCAAUGCUUCAUUUCUUAAGUCUAGAGUUUUUGUAGGUUGGGGUGUGUGCUUUUCUAUAUGGAUUUAGCGGUUGUUGGUUUGGAGGGGUUUGUGGGUUCAGAGACUACAGGUUUUACUUCUCUUGCUUCAGAUCCUGAGACAAAGCAGAAGUGGUACGGAUCUGGGUUCCUCAAGCAAGAGAGAUCUGGCAAUAAUGAAGAUGACUGGAGGAGUUCAAAACUGGCCAAAAAUGAUGAUUUUACAGCCUCCAAGGCAAUGCUGCUCCAGCAGAGAAAUGCUUUUUGGAGAUCUAAUGCCUCUAUCUUAUCUGACGGACAAGAACAGCAACAAAUGCUGAGCUUCUCUGCUCCCAAAUCAGAAGCCUUUUCAGUGGAUAGGAGCUACGAAAAUGUCACGUUCCCUUACUUUCACCUCAAAUCAUCUGCUUAUACAAGAAAUACAGGCCACAACACUGGAGGAUUUAAUGGUGCAAACAUGCAUGGGGUGUUAGCUGGAGCCAGAGGACCAUUCAGUCCAUCUCAAUGGGUGGAGCUGGAACAUCAGGCUUUGAUCUAUAAAUACAUAACUGCAAAUUUGCCUAUACCAUCUAAUCUUCUCAUUCCUAUAAGAAAAGCCUUUGAUUCUGCUGAUUUCUCUAGCUUUUCUGGUGGACUCCUCAGACCCAAUACAUUGGGAUGGGGAACUUUUCAUCUUGGGUUCUCAAACAACACUGAUCCUGAGCCAGGACGAUGUCGUAGAACAGAUGGAAAGAAAUGGCGGUGCUCAAGAGAUGCGGUUGCCGACCAGAAGUAUUGUGAGCGGCACAUGAACAGGGGACGCCAUCGUUCAAGAAAGCCUGUGGAAGGCCAAUCCGGCCAUUCCGCCGCAGCCACCACCGCUACUACCACCAAGCAGAUGCCUAAUGUCUCAUCCUGUUCAGCUUCAAUGGUAGGGCCAGUCAGUGGCAGCGGCGAGUCCAACAGCCUCGCCAUUGCACAGCAGCAGUUCAAGAAUUUGCAGCCUGGAGGUGCAUCUAAUCUUUCUGCGGCAGAUCCACUGAACAGGUUGCUUCUGAACAAAGUCACUGUGGGUGAAAUGAUACAUGAUACUGAACCAGGACUCACCAUGAUAUCCCCCAGUGGUGACCUAAAAUCUAAAGAGAACCCUUUCUUGAUUCCCAAGCAGCAGAUAUCAUAUGUAGAAAUUUCAAGAAAUGAGUUUGGAGGUGUUUCCUCUGAUUCACUCCUUAACGCUUCCCAUAAAAACCCUUCCUUGAUCGAGUGCAGAAAUUUUGUUUCUUCUCAAGAUCUUACUAGUCAAGAAACUGAAUCCCAGCAUUCCCUUCGCCAGUUCAUGGAUGACUGGCCUAAAAGCCAGUCUGAUAGCUCAGCCAUAUCCUGGCCUGAAGUUGAUGUUCAAUCAGACAGGACUCAGCUUUCCAUAUCAAUACCCAUGGCUGUCUCAGAUUUCAUGUCCUCCACUUCCUCUCCCAACAAUGAAAAAGUAACACUGUCGCCUCUGAGAUUAUCACGUGAAUUUGACCCUACACACAUGGGAUUGGGAGUGGGCAGUGUUAUUAAUGAACCAAACCAGAGGCAGGCAAAUUGGAUUCCUGUAUCUUGGGAUACGUCCAUGGGUGGUCCUCUUGGUGAGGUAUUGCACAGUACUAACGGCAGCACAGCAGACUACAAGAACUCAUCACUUAAUCUUAUGACACAGGGCUGGGAUAAUAGUCCUCGGAUAGGAUCAUCUCCUACUGGGGUCUUACAAAAGACUACCUUUGGUUCUCUUUCUAAUAGCAGUGCUGGAAGCAGCCCAGGAGCAGAGAAUAACAAAACACAUGAAAGUGCUAGCCUUUGCAAUGACCUCCUUGGUUCAACCCUUGUCCAUUCUUCCUCUUUGCCUGCUUUGUAACCACUUUACCCACCGACAAGUCCCUUGGUUGUGGAAGAAGAAGAAGAAGAACAAGCAGCAGCAUGAAUUUUCUGUCUGACAAACAUGGAACAAUUAGUUAUUAAAGCUUAUAUUAUUAUGUUAAUCUCUUUAAUUUUUGUAAUUUGUACUUUUUUAGCCAUGGUUUGUUCCUAAAAAUUAUAGAUCAAACUAAUUAUAACUAGGCAAUGUCAGUUUGUCUGAAAUUUGAUUUUCAGCCUUUCAUGCACAUGUUAGGUAUAACUGGCAACAUUGUUUUGUUGGCGAGGAAUGGCGGUUGGUUGGUAAAAUAUGGCGGCUCACAGGUUUGUUUGUCUCGCUCUAGAGGAAGUUAUAAUUUCCAUAUACAGUGAACCUGGAACUUUUGGAGUUUAACUAAUGGUAAGAAUGGUCAAUCCUGUUCGGUUAAGAAAGACACAAGGCAACUAACAGCUGAAAAAUUGUCUUUUUCUUUCAUGGGAACAUAAUCUUUCACUAUUUAGAACUGCAAGGCCUGGUCCGGUGCCUGAAUGUGUCUGCCAAAAAGGAACUCAUUUCCAGAGGUAUAUCUUUCCAUGAAAAUCGAGACUGUUUCAAGUGUUAAGUCAACUUAGCAACAAUGGGUAAAAAUGUUACUUUCCGUUGUGUUAUAGUCCAAACAACUUUGAAGCAGCCUGAAUGUGGACCUAGGUUUGAUAGGCAUUCUCACUGGCUACUUGCAGCUGCCUAUCCAAGUAUCCAACGGUCUUCUGCAGAAUGUGAAACCCAAGCCUUCUGCAGGUUUGAUAAUCAUUGUCGUCAUUAAACUUCCGGUCAUCUCCUUCUGCAAUUACCGAAUUAAAAAAAACCUCUGCAACAUAAUCAAGUGAAACAAAAGAUUGAAGGAACUUGCGUA